AGUUGCAGAGAUCAUCCUGCAAAUAUUUGAGCUGAUGCAAUUGCAACAGUUUAGAUUCUGUUGUGGUUCUGUUCGCCGAGCUGGAAGUUUUUGUUGCAAACGUUUCGUCCCCUGGCUAGGCGACAUCAUCAGUGCUUGGGAGCCUCCUGCGAAGCGCUUCUUUGAUGUUUCCUCCGGUGUUUAUAGUGAUUCCGAUGAGGAGAGCAAUGAGAAAGGAAGACAAUCACCGGUUCCUGAGAUCCGCCUCCGAGACUAUCAGCAAGAAGUUGCAGCUCCAGCGCUGGAGGGUAAAAAUCUCAUUAUCUGCCUGCCCACAGGAAGUGGAAAAACCAGGGUUGCUGUCUACAUUACCAGACAUCAUCUGGACAAAAUGAAGUUACAGGGAAAAACAGGGAAGGUCAUAGUGCUUGUUAACAAGGUGCCUUUAGUUGAUCAGCAUUUCCGCAAAGAGUUCAACCCAUACCUGAAGCAUAAAUAUAGUGUCAGCAAAAUAAGUGGUGAUACACAACUGAAGAUCUCCUUCCCUCAAGUGGUGCGUGAGAAUGACAUUAUUAUCUGUACAGCUCAGAUCCUGGAGAAUCAGCUGGCUGAAUCAAACAUAAAUGAUGCUGACAAUCUUGAAAUUUCAGAUUUUUCAUUGAUAAUAAUUGAUGAAUGCCACCACACUCAGAAAGAAGGAGUGUACAAGAGCAUAAUGACCAGAUACAUUGAACAAAAGCUGAACAAUAAAAAAGGAAUUGUACAAGUCUCACUUCCACAGAUCCUAGGACUGACAGCAUCGCCUGGUGUAGGUGGCGCAAAGAAUAGAAAAAAUGCAGAAUCGCACAUUAUACAAAUUUGUGCAAACCUAGAUGCCUACAAAAUAAUGACUGUUAAGGAGCAUUAUGCACAACUGAAAGACCAAGUGAAAGAUCCUGUGAAAAAGAUGGAGAUUGCAGAAGAAAGAAUAAAAGAUCCCUUUGGAGGACAAAUCAAAGAAAUGAUGACAAAAAUUCACACAUACCUUGGACGAGAACCCACGUCAGAUUUUGGCACGCAGUCUUAUGAGCAAUGGAUUGUGCAGAAAGAGAAAUCAGGAGCCAAAGAGAAUAAUCGGAAACUACGUGUCUGUGCAGAGCAUUUAAGAAAAUACAAUGAUGCCCUGAUGAUUAAUGAUACCAUAAGGAUGAUCGAUGCAUAUAAUUAUCUCACAGACUUCUAUAAAGAUGAGAAAAGGAAGAAGGUCAUGGAUGAUGAUGACGAUGUACCAAAGUCAAAACUGGAUGAUACUGAUAGAUAUCUUAUCGGUCUUUUUAAUGAACGACAAGAAAAGCUUCAGAUUCUUGCUGGAGAGAUUGAGAAUGAAAAUGGAAAAUUGACAAAAUUGCGAACAACUAUUCUUCAAGAAUUCUCCAGAAAACGAAACUCAAGAGGCAUUAUCUUCACAAAGACACGCCAAAAUGCACAUGCUCUGUAUGAGUGGAUAGAAGAGAAUGAGAAAUUUAAGGAAUUUGGAAUUAAGGCUCAUUACUUAACUGGAGCCGGCAAUAACAGUCAGUUCAAACACAUGACGCAGAACGAACAAAAGGAGGUGCUGAAUAAAUUCCAUGAUGGAGACAUUAACCUGCUGAUUGCAACUACUGUAGCUGAAGAAGGUCUAGACAUUAAAGAAUGUAAUUUUGUAAUCCGUUAUGGUCUAGUCACCAAUGAGAUUGCUAUGGUUCAGGCUCGCGGAAGGGCACGGUCUGAUGAUAGCACUUAUGCCUUAGUAGCAAACGAAGGGUCAGGAGUUCUUGAACGUGAGAGUGUGAAUGUUUAUCGUGAGUCAAUGAUGUAUGCAGCAAUUCAAAAAGUGCAGGAAAUGCCAGAAGACGAUUACAAAAAACAGAUAGUAGAAAGGCAGUGGCAGAACAUCAUGGAACACAGAUUGAAAAGGAGGAAGAAUUUGGCAAAAAUAAUAAAAAGUGAUCCUUCCAAAGUGACCUUCCACUGUAAUACCUGCAGCAAGCUUGCUUGUUCAGGAAAAGAUAUUCAAGUCAUCGAAAACAUGCACCAUGUCAAUGUCACAGAUGAGUUCAAAAAUUUAUAUGGUCAGCGAGAAAAUAAAGCUUUGCAAGAGAAAUGUCUUGAUUACCAAACAAAUCAAGAGAUCUACUGCAAGAAUUGUGGCCAGCCAUGGGGUACAAUGAUGGUCCAUCGUGGAGUCGAUUUACCAUGCUUGUCAAUCAAAAAUUUUGUUGUGGUUAUUGAUGAGAAGAACGUUGAAAAAAACACUUAUAAAAAAUGGAGCGAAGUUCCCUUCAAACUGCCUAAUUUCGACUACGUCAGAUAUGUUGAAAGUCCCAGAUAAUGUGUUGGCAGUUUCCAUUUUAAUUCAAUUUACCACAUACCUUCAUUUUGCUGAACAUUGAUUACCAAUCAGUUAAAUUACAGUCAUACUACAGAAUGCCUAUAAAUAGUUCUGUGGUUGAACUCUUAUUUGUGCAAUUUUAAUUUACUACCAGCUUAACAUCAAAUGAUUUAGAUAACACUUUUCCUGUUGUAAUUGUGUUUUGCAUAAUAAUGAAGUGACAAGCAUUUUUUUUUAAAAACUCAUGGGAAAUUUGCUUAGUGUGUGCAACCUUUACAUUUUUCUGUGCAACCACGACCAUGGUAACUUUAUCAUGAUGAUUUUGCAUUGCCUGCAUAGGAACAUGUACACACUUUCAAACAGACAUAGGUGAUUCAUUUAAACAUUAAUUAGAUCACAGCAGAAAAUGUGAACUUGAGAUCAAAAAUAUGGCCCACAUUCUGACAUGCAAAAAAUGUACUGAUAUUUUAGGAGGAAGGGAACACUGGAAUUAGGAUGCCAAGUUUAAUUGAUUUUGAGGCUACAGUGGCUACAGAGAAGGUGUAGGAUCACAACAUGAGGAUUAAACCAGCAUCAGAAGUCGAAACAUUUUUUGGUAUUUAGCUUUACAUUUCUUGGUAGUAAGUGAGCUGAGGAUCCACAAAUAAUGGUGCUCGCUUCCUUUUGGCAACCCAUUCUUGAAAAUGUAUUAACCUUUUGCAUGCAGUGAGCCCAAAUUCUGCUUCAAGUGAGUUUGUUUUCUAUAUCCAUUGCAGUGGUUGGCAGGUUUCUGGGCAGAAAUAUUAAUAUACUUGUCCAACAUAUUAUAUAUCUUCUCAGUAGUGCUGAAGAAAUAAACACUGCAUGGAAACAUUUCUCGGUCUUGAUAUCUGCAACAGAUCUGCAGAUCCUCUAAGUCAUUCUACUGAGAUAUAACUUAUAGUGCAAAGGAAAAUAAAGUGUUCACUUUCCUGAAGGAGAUUUUUGGCUACUAAGGAUUAGGGAGGCUUAUCGUGAAUUGAAAGCUUGGGACAGAAAGAACAUGAUCAGCAAUGUUUUCAUCUGACUGCUUUAUCAAUUAUAUUUAUGCACUUUUUAUGUGGAUGGAAAGUGCAAUGUUUUAUGCUCAAUAAAGAUAUCUUUUUAUCAAA